AUGUUCGCCUUGGCAUCUUUAUUUCUCGGUCAUGCACAGACGCCCAGUAAAUGGCGUCAGCUCAAUGACAUAUCAGGUGAUUCUCCAAAUGCUCGCCAUCACGGUCAAGACUGGGCAAACAAUGCUAGUCAUCUCGUGUCCCUGCAAUUGCACGCUCCUUCGGUUGAUACUGUUCGAACUCUCUCUAAUCUUACCACAUAUUGGUUUGGCGUUGGCCAGAGGGAAAAGUCCCAGGCUGGCGCGAAUAUGGUCAUCCAGGCCGCAAAAGACCUUCAACUCCAAAGUUCAAAACUACCGAAGGCUCGAUCCCGCGGCUUGCGAUGGUGCUGCUUCUGGGCGGACAUGAUGUGUCGGUGCUUUGUACUUGAUGACAGUUUUGCGGACUCAAACCAGGAUUUUGACAUCUCUGAUAUUACAACCACCUCUAAUAGCCUAGUCCCUAUGGGUGUUGAUAACACGGAUAACCUAUUGUCCAUCUCAUUAGAGACGCAGCCAACUCCUGGUCAAGAGGCACUUUUGAAAACCCUGGGCCUCUGGCGUGAGGCUAGAUGGUUCAUUCGAAACCUAAGGUUUAUUCACAAUUUUGCACCCGAAGCAGAUCCUGCGGCGCGGUGGUCGGCUCUCUUUGCAUUGGAUAGCAAAGUCACUUCCUGCUAUUCAUCCUGGUCCACUGAAAUUCGCACUUCUUAUGGAGGUCACCUCUACGACUCGGUCGAGGCCCCAGAAUUACUGUUAUCGCUUCACGCGGUCUACCACCAGUGCCGGGCCCUCCCUCAUCUUGCCAUGUUUAUGUUUUUACAACGAGCUGUCUCAUCCUCCCCUGAAUACGUUCAUCUGUGCUCAGAAAUUACGGUGUGCCACUUGAAUCUAUUUGCAGACGUCACAACUAGUUUCAUGUCUCUCACGCCAUCCAGCGCUUCAUCCAACCCACCGACCCACACGAGUCCUCCCGGCAGUAAGCGCAAGUGUGUUGGAUUUGCUGCGAAAACGGGCCUUGUCCAGCCUGCUUUUGCUCCAACACCUACAAAGCUACUGGUCUUCUUGUAA